GAAGGUUUGUCUAGAUGUUAUCACCUGUUAGCAAUGUUGAUUGCCUAAAAAUUCGUAUUUUAGUUACCUCAUAUGCUGAUACUUCUGGAUCUGAUGGUACGAAGAAUGUCUGGAUUUGGAAUUCUAGUUUCUAAUGAAAUGUAUAUAAAAUAUUAUAAGGUAUGAAAGUAAUGAUGAAUGGCAAAAGAUCCAGUAUUCCACUUACGAUGAUAACUGACAUACAGAGCUUAACCAACAUCCUUGUUGAGUUACCUUUUCCUGUGCCAUUGCCUUGUGCCUGUGGAAGUCAGAGCUUAUUGUCCCACUUAGCUGACCAAUAUGAAGCUAAAAAGCUGUUGAACACAAAGGAAUCUCUUAUCACCCCAUUGCUUAUUGAUGCUCUUUAUAAUACAACUGAUGAAAUUGAAAUCAAAGAUGAAUAUUGUGGUAGCUCGUAUAGUGGGGAGAUACCACAACUUCUUCAGUAUUUACUUGUCAAAAAUCCUGGCCUUUUUAAAGAUUCGGUACAUUUCCCACAAAAUGAAAACGAAGAGCAAUAUAUUUCUUCAGAUAAGUUACCACAAAUGCAGUGUACUGAUAUUAUAGAGUACUCUGAGCAACAGAUUUUUAAUAUAGCUGCCGUUUCAUCUUGUCAGUCUUAUUUAAAUGAAGGUGAUAAUCCAAGUGACAAUCCUACUAAAUUUCAUGCAACAAUUCUACAAAACAAAAUUUCAAAUGUAGUGCCACCAUCCAAGUCACUUGUGACAUACUUUCCGAGUACACAUUUAAUGACAUCAUCUGGUAAACACUCUGCUUCUGUACCUUGUAGUAUAUUUCAAGAAACAAGUAAGUCCUUAGUUUUGUCCUCAGAGGAAAAUCCACAUAUAUUGAAUUCUGUAGUGAUUGACCAACAUAUUGUUAAUGUAUCUCUGUCAUCAGUUUUUUUUGAUCCACUCAAUAAUAUGAAAAGUGCAGACUACAGUCAAUUGAGUGCAAUUAUUUCAAAAGACAAUAGAAACACUCAGAACUGUACUUUAAUUCCUAAUAAGGUAGUUAGUAAUAUAACACUAAAAAGUUCAUCUUUUUUUCCUCCUUUAAUUAAUAAUAGGUUUUUCUCAAAUUCCAUUUCAUCUUUUCAGCAUAAUUCAUCAAGUACCAUUGAUGUACCUGCUGUAGCUCAUGCAGAUUGCACAAAAAAGCUAGUUCCAGAACAGUGGCAUCAUGUUCCAAAUCACUUUUCUAAUAAUUAUCAGUCUGACUUCUGUACAAUGGAAGAUGCAAGCAAAGAAACACAAAUGAACACAGAAAAAUUAUCUGUAUCUGAAGCACAUAGUAAAAAUCAAAGGAAAGAUCCAAAUAAAAGUAUUGCUACCUCAGAAGAACAGUGCAAAUCUGAAACAGAACCUACAGUUAUGCUUUAUAAACUUAACAUGCAAGAUCAAUUUCUUUCUCAUAAAAGUAUAAAGGUGUCUACCAUAAAAAGUAAAUGUGCAGGGGAUGUAAAAGAAAAAAGAUGCCUCGCUGAUCCUGUUGUGUUGUUAACAAAGCUCAAUACUGAAGAACUGCUUUUAGCUCAGGAAAGUAUAAACAAAUUUAUGUUAAAAUACGAAACAAAAGCUGCCAAACUACCAGUAUACCAUGGAACUUCAGAAAUUAAAAGUUGUCAAGUGUCACUAUCAGGCAGAAAAUCAUAUGUUACUGACAAGAUACGUAAAAAAUAUAGAAAUAAUGUGCAUCAUCCUGUUGAAAAUAAUUCUGAAAUUAUUGAAAACAAAAGCAUUAAAAGAAAGAUCAGUGCUUCAGAAGGUGAAGUUAUUAAUCAUUCUAGCUUGCUUCACGAACGAAUAAAAAGAAAGAGGUGUCCUGUUAGUCGAGAAACAAACUGUAAUGAGCUUUCUCUUUCUAAAAUUGAAAAUGAUCCAGUUUUUUUAACAUUGAAAGUGAAGAAAUUUAAGAAAGCAAAGAAAAGACUAAUAAAUAAAACCUUAAGUACUGAAGAUUUAAUAAAAACAAAUACAUGGCAAUAUUUCUCUGAUACUGUAGACAAAAUCUUCAGUUCUGUUGAAGACAUUGAUUUGUUUGCUGUUACAGAUGAAGAUGCCAAAUGCCCUGAAGAAAUACUUAUAUCUAUAGAUCAGCUGCGGGAUUUAAGCAGAGGAGCUGCAAAAUUGAAGUACUUGCAAGCAAUGAACCAAUUUCAACCAGAAUAUUUAAUUCAUCUACUUGUUCUGCUUGAAAAAAAUGUUACUGAUGGUGCAAAAUUACUUAUUCUGCAAUUCCUUGAAGAACAAGAUGAAGAAACACAGUUAUACUUAGAGUUAAGUAAGGAAAAACUGAUGAGAAGUGUUCACGCUUCAUUAACUGCUUUGUACAUUUUGACAUCUCCAAAAAUGCCUGCAGAGAUUUUCUUAGAAAACACUAUUGAAAGGAUUGUCAUGUUUUUAAAAUAUCAGCUUCAGAAUACAGUUUUUCCACUGUUUGAUCCAUCUUAUGGAUUUGAUACUAAGUCUACUGAAAGUUACAUAGGAAAUACAAAACAAAAAGGGAAUCAUAAAAAAAUUGUAUUACCCUUAUAUAACAAAUUACUUGAAGUAGUAAGUCUUUUAGCUGAGUUACUGGAUUUACAAACACUAACGGAUACUGUUAUUUUAGAUAUAUCAUCUUUAGGACUCAGCUCAUUUUUUGUUGAAAGUGUAAAUGAAUUGCAAUUAAUUUCUCUUCGUUUGAUUUCAACUAUUUUUUCACAUUAUGAUGAGCAUAGGCUAUUUAUUUUACAGGAUAUCCUUGCAUCAAUAGUGAAGUUACCAACUAGUAAGAGAAACCUGCGAAAUUAUCGCUUGAACUCGGAAGAAAAUAUUCAAAUGCUUACUGCUUUAGUGCUGCAACUAAUUCAUAGUGUUAUACAAUUACCUGAAUCUGAAACAGAUGAAAAACUCGAAUAUUCCAGUAAUAAAAUAAAAUCUAAUGGAAAACAUAAGUCUCAUCUGGAUAAAGAUUUUAUAAUUAUCACAUCUUAUGAAGCAUCAAUAAAAACAGCAAUAAAUUUUCUGUCUUUCUUCUUAAAAAAAUGCAGCACAAAAAACAAAGAAACCGAUUAUCGAUCUUUAUUUGACAACUUUGUUCAGGAUUUAUUAAUCACUGCCAAUAGACCAGAAUGGCCAGCUUCAGAACUUUUGCUUUCUAUUUUAGGAAGAAUUCUUAUGAAAAAUUUUAGCAAUAAAUCUAUGGAAAUGACAGUGAGAAUUGCAUCUCUGGAUUAUCUUGGAAUCAUAGCUGCACAUUUACGUAAAAAUGAUAUUAUUAGUCGUGAACAUACAGCUAUCAUAAAUGAUAUUAUACAGAGAGUAACUGUUGAGAGUGAUUCAGAACUAAGCCCUUUGAAAGAAAAAAAGCAAAAUCAAGAAAAAUCUAUUAAAUGUAAUGAAGUUCAAGUGUUACAAAAGCUUUUGCUCUACUACCUUGAUUCCAGUAUGAAAAGUGAUCCUGCAUAUCAGUUUUACCGAAGAUUUUACAUUGCUCAGUGGUAUAAUGAUACCUCAUUGGCUGCUGAAAUUAAAUAUUCUAAUAAAUCUUUAAAUUUAUUAAAGGAAGAAUCUGAAAAAUCAGGCAAGAUUAUUCCCAAUAAAAAUGAACCUGAUAAAUCACGAGAGUAUUAUAAUAAUAAAUCUCAAAUGCCAUUCAAAGAUAAAAAAAAAGACAUAAAUCAAGGCAAAGAAUCCAAAUUACAAAAUGAUGAAAUAACUGAUCAAGUUACCGCUUUGUCUGAGGAAAGAAAAAAUUUUUUUUUAGCUAUUAUUGAAAAGCAAGAUAAACUCAACAUGAAAGUUGAAAAACAUAUUGAUUAUAAGACUGCUAAAUUAAUAUCUCAAAUGUUAACCUCUAAGCAACAUUUUUCAAAAUGUUUUGAUUUAUAUUUAUCACAAAUUUUACAAGGACUUAGUGAGACAGCUGUAGGAAUUCGAAGCAAAGCUAUGAAGUGUUUAACACUUGUUGUUGAAGUUGAUCCAAGUAUUUUAACUCGAUUAGAUAUGCAGAAAGCUGUGCAUGGUAGAUUACUGGAUUGCUCAACAAGUGUUAGAGAAGCAACUGUUGACUUAUUAGGCAAAUUUAUUUUAAUUAAUCCUGAACUUAUAAAUCACUAUUAUGAUAUGCUUACUGACAGGAUAUUAGACACCGGGAUAAGUGUGCGCAAGAGAGUAAUUAAAAUUUUGAGAAAUAUAUGUUUAGAACAACCAAGCUUCUCUAGAAUUCCAGAAAUAUGUGUUAAAAUGAUUCAGUGUGUAAAUGAUGAAGACGGAGUUAAGAAAUUAGUGGAAGAAAUUUUUCAAAAUAUGUGGUUUGAGCCUAUUUCAGACAAGAAACCAGAGAAAUUACUUCAAAAAGUAAACAAUAUCAUGUGUGUUGUCAAAGCAUGUAGACACAAUGAAUUUGAAUGGUUUAAGCAGCUGCUUAGUAAUCUGUUGAAAAAUAAGGCUUGUAAUAAUUACAAAUCUGUUAUCAAGUCAAGUCAGCAAAUUGUAGAUUGUGUAGUAGAGAAUCUUUUGAAAUUGGAAGAAUCUUCUCAAAAUAUAGAUGGUAAAGCUAGCCCACAUCUUUUGGUAUGCUUAACCACAUUGUACUUAUUUUGUAAAGUACAUCCUCCAUUUGUUGUACCACAUGCCACAGUUAUUCAGCCAUAUUUAAGUAUGAAAUGUACCAUUCAUUCUGAUUUUCUUUUUUUAAAAAAUGUAGUACAGAUCUUAGAACUGGUCAUUCCUCUUAUGAAAUAUCCAAGUGAAUUAUUUUUGACACAAACAGAGGAAGAAAUAGUUAAACUUAUUUUUUGCCAGCAUGUGAGUUUACUAAAGAGUUGCAUUAGUUGCUUAGAAGUUGUAAAUAAAGUUACACACAAUUAUCAGCUUGUUAAAGACUGCUUUCAAAAAUUUUUUAUUAUUCUUUUAGGAUACAGAAAAGAGUUUGAGAAAAGUCCAGAAAGUGGAGCCUUAAAAUCACUGCGUCCAAAAUUACUUCGUUCCCUGUAUACAGUAGGAUUGUUUUCUCGCUAUUUUGAUAUUGAAGCUAUGAAUGUAAGUUCUGAGCCCAACAUACAAAUUUCUCAUAAAGAUCGUAUUUUAAAAUGCAUUAUCUAUUUUAGUCAGCAUGAUGAUGAGAAUAUAUGUUUAAAAGCUCUUAUGGGACUUGGCUUUUUUAUGAUUCAACAUUCUGAAUUUAUGCUAAGUAAUGAAGUCAAAACUCUCUAUCAUUACCUUCUAACAUCUCCUGUUGCAUCUUCUACAUUAAAAUGUCAAAUUUUAAAAAAUAUCUCAAAUUACCUAAUAGAAGAAGAAGUGCAAAUGAUAGAAAAGGAAGCUGAAUGGAUCAAAACAUCAAAAAAAGAAGAUUUAAAAGAAAUGAAUGAUGUAACAUCUGGCAUGUCAAGUACAAUUAUACAAAUAUAUUUAAAACAAAUUCUUGAAUGUGUUCUUCAUACUGAAUUAGCUGUACGUAAAGCAUCACUUCAAGUUAUUCAUCUUAUUUUUAAGCAAGGCUUAAUACAUCCGGUUCAAAUAAUACCACAUCUGAUAUGCUUGAGUUCUGAUGAUAACCUGGAGAUUCGAUAUACAGCAGACAAACUGCUUCAGGAGAAUGAGAAAAAAUAUCCAGGAUUUACACAAAUGAAAGCAGUAAUGGGUAUGCGAAUUUCAUUUAAAAUGCAGCAACUCGUACAUAACCAAAAAUUUCUUCGUGGAUUUCGAGAAUUGGAGACUCCAGUUAGUCGAAAUGCUUUUUUGUAUUCUGUGUUGCGCUCAAAUAGACAAAAUAGACGGGCUUUCAUUUUAUCAUUGCUAAAAUUAUUUGAUGAACAGUCCAGAACACCACUGACAGAGCUUUUAUAUAUAGCUGAUAAUAUUGCAUAUUUUCCAUAUAAGACACAAGAUGAACCAUUGUUUAUCAUGUAUCACUCAGAUAUUAUGCUUUCUAUAUCUGGCUCAAAUUUGUUGCAAACAUUUCAAGAAGCUUUACUGAACAGACAAAAGCCCCAGAGUAUUGAACAAAAUCCAAUGAAUCCUGAAGUAGAUGACUGUGAUGAAGACGAUUUUGAUACAAUUUUAGAACGGCUUCCAGAGGAUAUAAGCAUUUUGCGGGAAUGUAUUGCUGCAUCUCAAGGAUGUAAAUUACUUCUGUAUCUCAAACAAACUCUUAAAGAAAUGUAUUGUUUUACUGAUGAUAAAAUUCAGCAGUACUCACCAAAUGAAGCAACCAUUGUGUAUGAAAAGUCAUUAAACCGCAAACUGCAUGUUCAGUUUCAUCCUGAAACAGUGAUAAAUUUUAUUUUAAAUGAGGAUUUAAAAGACAAAUUGGAUGCCGAAAGGAGAGAACUUACUCAGCAGUAUGUUCAUUUCAAACAAUUAAUGUUGAAGAUAGAUCCUAUAAAUUAUGGUGAUGAUAGUAAUGAGGCUGAAUAUGUUGCAGCAUGUUCUGCAGCAAAAGAAAGCAAUAAUAAUGAAAAUCAAGGGCAGCCUGUCUUGAAGAAAAUAACAUUUUCACAGAAUAAAAGAUUUUCUCAUAAUAGGAGUAAGAGAAAAUCCUUUAAAGCAGAUGGGAAAAAAGUAAAAAAAGGUAAGAAAAGAAAACGUAUUAUUACCUCAGAUUUGGAUGAUUCCAGCAGUGAUCCAGAUUAUGUAGUAUGACCCACUCAUUUGAAGGGGACACUUCCUGCUUUCUCUGGUCAGCUUAAGAAUACUUUCAAACAGUCUAGCAUACAGAACACACUGUUCUUGAUAUUGAGAACAAAUGGAUACAUAUUAUUUAUUGCUGAUGUUUUGAUUCUCAAAAUUAAUACAAUAUGAACUUUUAUAUGCAUAAUUUUUUAUAUCACUUGUUAUAGUUAGUUAAGUAGCAAGUUUUUAGUUUCAGCGAAGUUUUGUGAAAUUUUUUUACGUAUCUCUAUGAAAAGUUGAAUAAGAUUUUAAAAUUAAUUAAAAUAUGUUUUCAUAGUCUUAAAAUGUAACAGAAGAUGUUUCUUUUUUAGCAGUGUUAUUAGUGUUAGUACUUUGUUACAUGAGGUUAUUUUUCAUUUUAAAAUGAAUGUAUUUAUUUUUAUAAAUUUGAAUUACAUCACCCUUGUGUAAACUGUUAAGAGUAAAAGGCUGGCAGUUUUUUAGUUAAAAAGGUACUUAUUUUCCCAUCGACCUUAUCAGCCAUUAAAGUUGGCAGAGGUCUCGCCAAAAUUGCAGCACCAGUUUUGGUAGAAGUUUGAAUGAAAAUAAUGCUCUUUAUUUAAUCAGAUAAAUCAACAGCUACAAGUUACAAAUAUGGUAUUGAAACCUACAAGCUCAAGUUUUGAGAUUAUCUGACAGAGAAAUUCACUAAAACUAGCACCAAUCAUUCUGGUAGUCAAACAUCUGUAAUGGAACACAAAAUAAUACCAAAACUAUCACCUUCUUUAUGAACUCGAUGCUGCAUAAAUACACUUAAGUAUGAAUUUAAAUGGUGAUGUGUUUUUCCAAAAUGUCUUUUAUUGCACCAUUUCGAUGAAGUUUUCAGGCUUACACAAAACCAACGCAAAGUUAUUAUGAGCUUGUUGCGACGUCAUGCAUAUUCAUUAUUGGAGAUAAUUUGCUUGUUUGGAAACUGUCAAUGGCAAAAUACAUAAGUACUGUUAAGAAUAAUAUUAUUGGAGAUAAAUUGCUUGUUUGGAAACUGUCGAUGGCAAAAUACAUAAGUACCGUUAAGAAUAAUUUUUUAACAAUUCAUAAAUGAAAAAUGUGUCAAUAUGAAUAAAAUACAUUUAAUAAAGAAAGAGGGAAAUUACUGCAUACAUAUUUUGAUAAUUAUUCUGACAGAAAAACAUAGUGAUAUGUAGUUCAAAUCAAGAAACUAAAAAUUGUUAAUCAUAAUAUAUAGAUUUUGAAGAAUGCUACAUAAAGCCAUGUAGAACUGUUGCAGAAUUAUGUAACAUAACAAUACAUAAUGAAAGUCAGUAAAAUGCUUUCUUUGAAUUCAAUAUUGUUAAUUUUUCUUUCAAUACAGUUCUAAGUUCGAGAUCUAGCCUCUUUAGGACUUAUUUUAAAUCAUCAGUUUAAUUCUAGUAAGGUAGCAUGUAAACAUGUCAACAUUGGAUCAUAUUGUUUUGAUCAGAGGGGGAAAUGCUAAUCCCUUCCCCACAUGGCCAGAACAGGUGCAACUGGUGCGGCUACAAAAAUUAAGGAUGGCUGAAUUUUCUGGAAUUUAGGAAAGAUACUGGGCAGUAUAAUGUAAGGGCAUCAGAAUUUUUAGGACUUGGAGAGGUACCAGGCCACAGAAUUUAGGUCUCGCAGAGAUUGCACCAGAAUGUUUAGUGCCUCCCCCACAUCCACUCAAAGGCCAAAAGUGUGAUCCUGGCCAGCAUCAAUGCAUUGUCAAACAAAGCACUGUUAUUGACCAUGGUGCCGCUUCCCCAAUCAGCAGGUAUUUAAAAGUGACAUGCAGAAAUCUUAGUCCAGAGAAAAAUUGCAUUUAUGGCACACCUGCUUUCUUAGGUCUGGAUACUAUAUCAGUCUGGACAUUGGACAUCUGGAUUUCAGACUUUGAACUGUAUGAGUUAUACUGUAUGAAAACACUAUUGUAAAAAGUAUAAUACCUAAAAUAUUUUCAAAGGCUUUUAUUUUCUUAAAGAAAAUAUGUUUUGCUUUAAAACACUGAAUAAAAAUGUACUUUCAGAUA